AUGUCGGCUGAAGUUCCUUUAACAACAAUUAUCGUUGAUGGCAUGGCGAAUACACGGCACUCAGCUCCAUUGACAACUGUUAGUGAAGAUGGCCAGAGCGUCAAUCAAACUGCAAUAACGUACAAUCCAUAUAAACCACGGGGAAGUGCGAGUAAUCCUAACGAGCGUAGCCUAUCUUUACUUGAUCCAUUCUCUGAUCGUGUAAGUACGAUUCUCGUGUGGCAAAAUUUAACAGUAUCAACACGUCCUGAUAAACGAAAAGAAUUUUUCCAACGUUUAAAAUCUUCUAAAAAUUUUAUUCCAAAAAGAAAAACUCUGUUGAAUGACGUUAGUGGAGCAAUCACUGGUGGACUAUGGGCAGUUAUGGGCCCAUCUGGUUCUGGUAAAUCGACUCUUUUGAAUACCCUAGCUUGCCGUUUGGAUGUGAAUACGGUUGUGAAAGGUGAAAUGCGUCUAAAUGGAUGUGAAUAUGAUAAUGCGGAAUUGAAACGUAUUGCUGGAUAUGUUAUGCAAGAUGACUUAUUGAAUGGCUCCUUAACUGUUGAAGAAACCUUGAUGUACACGGCUGAGCUUCGUUUGCCACGAGAGUUCACUAAGGAACAACGUCGUUCACGUGUUGAAGAUGUGAUGGUUGAUUUAGGUUUAACUCAUGUUCGUGAUGUUGUCGUUGGAACACCAUUGAGAAAAGGCAUUUCUGGCGGCGAACGAAAACGUCUAUGUGUCGGCAUGCAACUACUCAAUCGUCCACAGUUAUUGUUUCUUGAUGAACCAACAUCCGGAUUGGAUUCGGUGACAGCAUUGGAUCUUCUUCGGACAUUUCAUGCACUUGCUCAUGGAAAAUCUUCUGAAAAAGCGGUAACGAUUGUUUGCUCGAUUCAUCAACCGCAAGCGAAGAUUUUUAAUUUAUUUGAUUCGCUCAUUCUACUAAAAAAUGGUAACAUCAUCUAUCAAGGCCCACGAAAACAAGCCAUGGAAACGUUUCGGGCGGCAGGCUUUCCAUGCCCAUUAUAUACUAAUCCAGCUGACCAUCUGUUGGAUGUAAUUACACCAUCAAAAUACGAUCCAGAUGCUGAGUCCAACGAAGGAUAUAUAUCUCUCGAACAACAAGCAAUUAAUGAUCAAGCAAUCAUUGCUGCUCAAGCUCCAGUCACAAUUGAUUUAAAUAUGGGUGCAGAUAAACGUGUUGCUCAAAUGAGCAAUCUUCCAAAGAAUCCAACUUGGUAUAAGCAAGUUCAAAUAUUGCUUCGACGAAACUUUCAAGAACACUUACGAGCAUCAAAAGUAAUCAUCACUUCUUUGGUCCAAACGGUUGUCAUUGCUGUGCUGAUUGGUACAGCUUUCCUACAAAUAGGCACAACACAGAAAAGUACCGUUCGUCGGCAACCAGUUUUAUUCUUCUGUGUCGUCAACCAGGGUGUUUUCGGUGCAUUGAUGGUCAUUAAUUCAUUUCCAAUGGAGCGCGCGUUAACACUACGUGAACGAGCAUCGGGAACUUAUUUUGCUAGUGCAUAUUUUACAGCUAAAAUUGUUGCUGAUACACUCAUACAAAUUCCAGUGCCAAUUGUAUUCUCAUGUGUUGCUUAUUUCAUCAUUGGCUUACAACCAGUGGCUGGAAAAUUCUUUCUAUUUAUGCUUUUCAUGAUACUAUGUUCACUAUCUGCAACAUCACUAGCAUUGAUGAUAUCUGCUCUCUGCAAAACAACGGAUAUGAGUGUUACUGUUCUUCCUAUGGCUUUGGAAGUAUCUCGUCUUUUUGGUGGGUUCUUUUUGUCUCCAGCUAAUUUACCAAAAUACUUUUCUUGGCUCGAUGCUCUCUCCUAUGCCAAGUAUACAUAUGUUGGCAUAAGCUUGAAUGAACUAACCGGGUUAGAAUUAUCAUGUGAUGGUCUGACAAGUGGUACCUGUAUAAAAACCGGACAGCAAACAAUUACUUCACUUGGUUUAGAUUAUAUCAAUAUUGGUGGAUGUAUUGGAGCUUUGCUUGCAUUCAUUUUGUUUUGUCGGCUUGUUGCCUUUCUCGGUGUAAGAUUUUUGAAAAGCUAA